ACGAGCCGGACGAGAGCCGGACGAGAGCCGGAAUAGAGUGUGCCGCAUCAAGACUUCUUAUGACUCAAAUAAUUUUUAGAUUUUCGUUUUCUCCUUGCUCCAGUACAUACGUUUGAGGCAGCAGCAUAUCGCGAUAUUGCAAUAGACCCUUAGAGCACUGCAUAUAGACCGCCGUCCACCCUCAUGGCUUCCUCCGAGUACCCCGCAUCCACCCACACUCCCCGCUAUUUGACUGGCGACGCGGCUGGCAUCCGUGAGUUCAUAGACAAGUUUGAUGUGUUUUUGUUUGACUGCGAUGGGGUUCUCUGGUCCGGGGACCACCUUUUCCCCGGCACUAACGAGACAUUAGAACUGUUGAGAAGCAAAGGCAAACAAGUGGUCUUCGUGACGAACAACAGCACCAAGUCGCGCGCUGACUACGUGAAGAAGCUCGAUGGGCUGGGCAUUCCCAGCACAACGGAAGAAAUCUUCUCCUCCUCCUACAGCGCCUCAAUCUACAUCUCACGCAUCCUCUCCCUCCCGCCCAACAAACGCAAAGUCUUCGUCAUCGGCGAAACCGGCAUCGAGCAAGAACUCCGCGCCGAGAACGUCCCCUUCCUCGGCGGCACCGACCCGACCUACCGCCGCGAGAUCACGCCGGAGGAUUACAAGAAAAUCGCCGCCGGCGACCCCAGCCUCCUCGACCCGGAGGUUGGGGUGGUGCUGGUCGGCCUCGACUUCCAUGUGAACUACCUCAAGCUGGCGCUGGCGUUCCACUACAUCCGUCGGGGCGCGGUGUUCCUGGCUACGAAUAUCGAUUCGACGCUGCCGAAUGCGGGGACGUUGUUCCCCGGCGCGGGGUCGAUGAGUGCGCCGUUGAUCAUGAUGUUGGGGGGCCAGGAGCCCGUGUCGUUGGGGAAGCCGAACCAGGCGAUGAUGGAUGCGAUCGAGGGCAAGUUUCGGUUUGACCGGGAGAGGGCGUGUAUGGUGGGGGAUCGCGCGAAUACGGAUAUCCGGUUUGGGGUUGAGGGGAAGCUGGGGGGCACGCUGGCGGUUUUGACGGGGGUGAGUAGUGAGGAGGACUUUUUGCGGGGGGAGGUCAGGCCGGCGGCUUAUUUGGAUCGGUUGGCGGAUUUGCUGGGGUGUGAGUGAUUCAAUUUAGGGUUUGUUCCUGGGUGGGAUGGGAAUGGGGAAUAUUUUGAAUUGAGAGGGUCUAAGGCUUGGGGGGGAUGGAACCUAUUGACGUAACCCGGGGUAGUUACUACCUUAUUUUGGACAACCGGAAGGGGGGUGGGUUGUGAUAGGUUUUGGCUCCUCUCUUCCCGUCUUGUGUACGGGUUUAGGUUGCAUAGAUUAUAGAAUACAGGAGAUAUUCCCCCACC